AUGACCCUCUCAGCGCUUCUCCGCACUACAUCCCGCCUAGGGCCGACGGCGGUUCGUAGAGCCAGAAGAGCAGCUUCCACCCUCUCCGCCGAUGCGGCUACCACCCAAAAGUCCUUGGAUUCGAUCCUGAUCGCGAAUCGAGGAGAGAUUGCACUACGAGUCGGACGCACGGCCGCCCAGCAUGGUAUCCGGGUGACGACGCUAUACACAGAUCCGGACAGCAAAGCUCAACAUGCCUUGAGCUCGCCCUUCGCCUAUAACCUCGGGUCGGUUUCGGCUUACCUGGACGGGGACCGGAUUAUCGAGAUUGCGAAGAGGGAGGGCUGUCAAGGGAUACACCCGGGAUAUGGUUUUUUGAGUGAGAACUCUGCUUUUGCAAGGAAAUGCACAGAAGCUGGGCUGGUCUUCAUUGGUCCGCCAUGGAAAGCGAUCGAGGAUAUGGGUGAUAAGAGCCAGUCCAAAAAUAUCAUGACCGCUGCGGGUGUCCCGUGCGUGCCCGGCUACCAUGGUGAAAACCAAGACGCCGAAUUCCUCGAGGCAGAGGCCGACAGAAUCAAGUACCCCGUUCUGAUCAAAGCAGUCAAAGGCGGAGGCGGCAAGGGCAUGCGCAUCGCACACUCCAAAGCCGAUUUCCAGGCCCAGCUCCAGUCCGCCAAGUCGGAGGCCAUGAGCUCCUUCGGGGAUGAUCACGUUCUCGUGGAGAAGUACAUCACCACACCGCGUCACAUCGAAGUUCAAGUCUUCGCCGACAAGCAUGGAAACUGCGUGGCCCUGGGAGAGCGCGACUGCAGCAUCCAGCGGCGACACCAGAAGAUCCUGGAAGAGUCCCCUGCUCCCCAUCUCCCGGAUGCGACCAGGAAAGACAUCUGGGCGAAGGCUAGAUCAGCCGCACUGGCGGUGGGCUAUGAGGGCGCGGGCACGGUCGAGUUCAUAUUUGACAACGACAGCGGCGAGUUCUUCUUCAUGGAGAUGAACACCAGACUGCAGGUUGAACACCCUGUCACGGAGAUGGUGACCGGCCAGGACCUGGUGCAUUGGCAGAUCAAGGUCGCCGAAGGCGCUCCAUUGCCAUUGACCCAGGACGAGGUGGAGGCUUACAUGGCUACCAGUGGGCACGCGAUCGAAGCUCGCAUCUACGCCGAGAACCCCGAUCAGGGCUUCAUCCCAGACUCUGGCACCCUCCUGCACGUCCGCACGCCCGCCCCGACCGAGGAUGUCCGCAUCGACGCAGGCUUUGUCGCAGGCGACGAAGUAUCCGCCCACUACGACCCGAUGAUCGCUAAGCUCAUCGUGCGAGGCGCCACACGAGAGGAAGCCAUUCGCAAACUCGCCGCGGCGCUGGAAGAGUACGAGAUCGCGGGGCCGAUCACCAACAUCGAAUUCUUGAAGACCAUCUGCCGCAGCUCUGAUUUUAUCUCUGGGGACGUGGAGACUGGAUACAUCGAUAAGCACCGCGCGGAAUUGUUUCCGGCGAAGACCAUUGAUCCUGAGGUGCUGGCCCAGGUGGCACUGGCCUGUCUGCAACGGGAUGCCAGCCUUGCGUCUCGCGUGCAGGCUAGCUUCGAGGGCUCAGGGAUUGGCUUUAGCCCCGGCUACCAGGCGCAUCAGAUAUCCUUUGCAGACCUGACACCGGGCGCUAAGGAUGACAUGCGACACGAGGUCCGCAUCCAGCAAACCGGCGACAAUACAUACAACGUCACCGUACAAGGCGUGGUGUUCGAACAGGUCGUCAGCCACGACAACUCGAACUCUAACAUCAUCACCUCCUUCUUCCCCCACACCCGCCUCGACACCACGGUCAUUCGCGACGCGGACACAAUCAUUGCCUUCCAGAAGGGCACGCAAUACCGCCUGACCAUCCCACCGGCCAAAUGGAUGGAGAAAGCAUUGGGCAUGAAGGACGUCAAGAACAGCGUUCUCGCACCGAUGCCAUGCAAAGUGCUGCGCGUGGAGGUGGCCGCCGGCGACACGGUCGAAAAGGAUCAGCCGCUUGUGGUGAUCGAGAGCAUGAAGAUGGAGACGGUCAUCCGCAGCCCACAUAAGGGUGUCAUUGCCAAAGUGGUCCAUCAGAAAGGAGGGUUUGGACAGGAUGAGAAUCUCGAACCUUCUAGCCGGAUUGUUCUCGAUUUACUAGACUGGAAUUGUCUGGGGCUUGUCCUCGUCCAUUUCUCUACGUUGGUGGGGUUGUGUGACCGUGCUCUCCGGAUGACUACACCGUCGCCGGAGCUCUAUUCCCCACUCGCAACCUUUUUCAUUGAUCAAUGCAAAAGCGGGACACCGCUGGUCGAGUUCGCAGAGGAGAGCGGCGGUGAGUGA